GAAAAUACACAGUACACAACACACCUCAUAUGAUAUCUCUUCUUCUCUCGUAGAAAAGAAAAUCAGAAAACAAAGAGAAACAAAAAGAAGAAAGCCAAAUAAAUUUUUUUUUUUUUUUUUGAAAGGAAAGAAUUGAAAAUGGCAGACCAACUCACCGACGACCAGAUCUCUGAGUUCAAGGAGGCUUUCAGCUUGUUCGACAAGGAUGGCGACGGUUGCAUCACUACUAAGGAGCUUGGGACUGUGAUGAGGUCAUUGGGCCAGAACCCAACUGAGGCAGAGCUCCAGGACAUGAUCAAUGAAGUUGAUGCUGAUGGUAAUGGAACUAUUGAUUUCCCUGAGUUUCUAAACCUCAUGGCUAGGAAGAUGAAGGACACUGACUCAGAGGAGGAACUUAAAGAAGCCUUCCGAGUUUUUGACAAGGAUCAAAAUGGGUUCAUCUCUGCUGCUGAGUUGCGCCAUGUGAUGACCAACCUUGGGGAGAAGCUCACCGAUGAAGAAGUUGAUGAGAUGAUCCGGGAGGCUGAUGUUGAUGGUGAUGGCCAGAUAAAUUACGAGGAGUUUGUGAAGGUGAUGAUGGCCAAGUGAUGAAUCUGCCUUCGUUACUAAAACCUUAAUGAAAAAUAUCUUUAUUAAAAAAAAAAGGGGGAGAACAGGGUUGACUAUUAUGGGACUUAGUUUCCUUCUCUUAAUUUUCAGUUGAUGGGUUUUCAAAUCAAGCCUUUACAAGAAGUAGUAGUAUGUUCUGCUGGUGGUGUUGGUCGAAGAAUUAGAAUCCUCUAUGUUCAUCCUUAGUGUGUCUUGUGACAAAGUGUCUUGGCAGUUUUAUUUUUUUUUUAUUUUUCCUGGUCUCCUGUGAACAUGAACUACCUGGGAGAAUUCGAUGUUCUAUGUUGAUUGGAUGACUCAUUUUAUUGGCACCCUAUUUCUUAAUGCU